AAUAUUACCAACCUUUCAUAUUCCUCAACUUCGUCCGACAUUUUGAAAACUAAUCAUGUGACCUAGUCAUGUGACUAAGUUCAAAGUUUGAACCAGAAGUAAACAGAAUGUUAUGAAAAAGACAAUCUAAAAAGCAGUUCAAAAAUGAUGAUCAUUUACUCCAUUCAAAGUGUAUAACUUCAUGACAUCUGGAUCAUUUUGGGAAAAUGCCCAGCUACUGCAUCCCACUUGCCAAUAGAGGACUCUGCCGGUUUUCAACAUCACCAUGUUGCACCACAUUCCUGUCACCCAGCAAUCAAAAUGUAGUAUCCAAAUCACAACGUAGCACAAGUGCAACCUCUGCACUCUCGGAGGAUACCCAUGAACAUGUGAAGCCAUUUAAGGAUAUUCCUGGACAUACUGGUUUCUUUGAGAGGUGGAAAAACUUGUAUCUUGCCCUGAAAGGGCAGAAUGAAGUGAGAAUAUCAAACCUCUUGUACAAAGACUAUAAUGUAUAUGGAUCCAUAUACAAACAGUAUGUUGGACCUAUAGCUAUGGUGUCAGUAGGAGGACCUGAAGUCAUCGAACAACUAUUUCGAAACUUGGAUAAAUAUCCAUUAAAACCUCUUGACACACUUGGGGGAUGGAUCGCAUACAGAGAGAUAAGAGGAGAAGCCUGUGGCGUCUUAACAGCAGAGGAACAAAACUGGGCUGAUAUGAGGAAUGUUUUAUCAAAAAAGAUACUGAAGCCGAAACACAUUCAGAUCUAUGGUCCUAAAAUUAACAGUAUUGUCUCUGAUAUGGUCACCCGACUGAGGUAUGCAAGGGACGUAGAUGGAAAUGGGUUGGUCAUACCUCAAUUAACAAAUGAGCUUUAUAAAUGGUCUAUGGAGGGUGUGUGUAGUAUACUCUAUGAAACAAGACUCGGUUGCCUGGACAACAAGAUAUCUCCAGAUCUUCAAGCAUUCAUAGAUGCAGUUGCAAAUAUGUUGACGACCACUGGUCAGCUUAAUGCUGCAUUAGCGUUACAAAUCAAGCUGAACUCAAAGCCUUGGCGAGUGCACAGGGAUGCCUGGGAUACCAUAUUUGGUCAAGCAAAGAAAUGCAUUGACAAUCGACGUAAGGAACUUGCAGAUAAACUACAAAAUGAAGAAACUGACCCCGAUGAUGAAGGUGCUGAGUUGUUGACCUAUCUGUUUGCUAAUAAUAAGAUGUCUGAUAAAGAGAUCCAUGCUAACAUGACUGAACUCAUGAUGGCCGGAGUUGAUACAACAUCCAAUACACUGGGCUUUGCCCUGUACCUUCUUGCCCAACACCCUGAAGCACAAGACAAACUCAAGACAGAAGUUGACCAAGUCCUCAAUGGAAGGCUAGCUGAAUAUAGUGAUUUCCAGAAUAUGCCAUAUCUCAGAGCAGUUGUCAAGGAAACGUUAAGGAUUUAUCCAGUUGUUCCGAUAUAUGCCAGGAUAGUUGACAAAGACUUUGUUCUUGGUGGCUACAAAAUACCAAAGAGGACAUUCCUGCUGUUGAACCACAUGGGCUGCUGUAGAGAUGAGAAAGUGUUCAAGAAUGCUGACCAAUUCAUACCUGAGAGAUGGUAUCGUAAAGAAGGAAGGGCAGAUCACCAUGCAUUUGCUUCUGUACCAUUUAGUUAUGGAGUUAGGAGCUGUGUUGGUCGCAGAAUCGCUGAACUGGAGCUGUAUUUAGCACUUUGCAGGAUUUCAAACGAAUUCAAGUUGAAACUGUCCGACGGUGAAUUUGUGCCAUUUUACCGCGGAAUAUUAACUCCGGGCCGAGAAGUACCCAUUGAGUUCCAUGAUCGAUGAAGAAAAUGAAACAAUGACAGUUAACUUCGACAAUGAAAAACAUCGAUAUAGAUAUAAAUAUUAUUAUUAUAUGUGCAUAUCAAUAAUGUAACUAACUAUAAAGGCAUUAUGCAAAUUAGUGGUAACAAAAUCAAAAAGACAGAAGGCAUUAUGAAAAAGUGAGUAAUGACAAUCAAAGACACCAUUUACAAGAACACCUCCAAAGAUGCAAUGCACAAAAUUAAUUUUUCUUCACAUCAUUAAACACAAUC